AUGGAGCAGUCCCCACCCGAGUGCUGUGAGUCCUCGACAUCUGUCUCGUCAAACGUGCCAUAUUUGGAGGGAGAAAAUGCAUGGGGCACUGCUAAAGUCACCGCCCUGCGUAGGGCUGCUCUGUACUCCUCAACGUGCUCUUUGGCUAAAGAUUCUUGGCGUUCCAUCCUUUAUUAUGGCGUGAUCGGAGGUCACAUUACAAGAGAGAACUAUAUGCUCGAACCUCCCAUCUACGGGCACAGCUGUCUUCACAACAAGAGGAAAUCUUCCACAUCUAUUAUGCAUAAAGGGAAUUUUUGA